CACUGGUGUUUGUAUAAUGACUAUAUCUAACCUUAGUUACGGGUCAUUCAAAACAAAACCAAAUGGAGCUAGAGACAAUACUUCGAAAAUGUGCUACAGUAAAUAAAUCAGAAACAAAGUUGGAAGAAAAUGAAAAGAAAGAGGAUGAAUAUUUUCAAAAAAUAUACGAACAAUGGAAAGGCGCCAAAGCUAAAGAUAAAGAUUUAACUUAUAAAGUGAUUCCACAAUUUUAUUUCAAGCUCCCAAGAGAAGACGAAAUUUUACCGCAAAAAUUGCGUGAAGAAACACGAGCACUAUUUCUGCAAAGACGUUCGCGUCAAUUACUAGAUAAUAAUGAGCUUAAGGCAUUAUGGGUAUUGCUAGAUAAACAUCAUAGUCCACCUUUAUCAGGGGAAGAACAAUUAAUUAAUUAUGAAGAUUUUAAGAAAGUAGGAAAAUUAGCUGGUGCAAAAUGUAGUCCUUAUUUCACUGCAGUUGUAUUUGCUAAAUUGCAACAAGGUGAUCCCCAUGGUAGAAUUAGCAUAAUGGCAUUGUUUAAUUAUGUUAUGAGAAAAGUUUGGUUGCAUCAAACAAGAAUUGGUCUUUCUUUAUAUGAUGUUACUGGGCAAGGAUACCUUAGAGAAUCAGAUUUAGAAAACUAUAUUUUAGAAUUAAUACCAACUCUACCUCAACUUGAAGGGCUUGAAAAAUCUUUCCAUUCAUUUUAUGUUUGUACAGCAGUAAGAAAAUUUUUAUUUUUUCUGGAUCCCCUUAGAACUGGUAGAGUUAGGAUACAAGAUAUUUUGGCAUGUAGCUUUCUGGAUGAUCUCUUGGAACUGAGGGAUGAAGAUUUACCUAAAGACUUGCAAGAAGCAAAUUGGUUUUCAGCACCAUCUGCUCUUAAAGUUUAUGGGCAAUAUCUGAAUCUUGACAGAGAUCAUAAUGGAAUGCUCAAUAAAGAAGAGCUUGCAGGGUAUGGCACAGGAACAUUAAAAAUGGAUUAUAAGACAUAUUUAGACUUUGUAUUGGCGUUAGAAAACCGACAUGAACCACAAAGUUUACAUUAUUUAUUUAGAAUUCUUGAUAUAAAUAAUCGUGGUUAUUUGGACACUUUUUGCCUUAAUUAUUUUUUCCGCGCAAUACAAGAGCAAAUGACAAUGCAUGGUCAAGAACCAGUAAGUUUUGAGGAUGUUAAAGACGAAAUAUUCGAUAUGGUAAAGCCAGCAGAUCCGUGUAAAAUUACAUUACAGGAUUUACUAUCCUGUGGGCAGGGUGAUACAAUGGUCAGUAUUUUAAUAGAAUUCCACGGCUUUUGGGCGUAUGAAAAUCGUGAAGCUAUGGCAGCUGAUACCGGCGAUGAAUCAUCCCACGUUUGA